AGAAGAGGAAAUUCUAGAUCCCAUAUUCUACGAUCCUAUCUAUAAUCGUUGUGAUAGAAUUUUCCUUUUUCAGAAAAGGAAAUGAAGUAUACGCGUCGGUUCAUAUUGAUUCCGUGCGGAAGAAAGGAUGAAGAAGAAAACACAUAUAAAUACCGAUACCCCUCCACCUGCAAUGCCUCGUUCAAUUGCUCAUCCACCCAAAAGCAGAAGCAGAAGCAGAAGCAAGAUUUCGUCAUCAGAUAUGAUGAAGGCGAUGGCUAUCACGCAUACUUUACUCGUCCGCGACGCCUACCUCGUCCAUGCUCCUUUGGCUUUCGCCUCAUGUUUCGAGAUUCCUUCGUCCACAUCCAUGAAGAUAUCUCCUUUGAUCAUCAUCGUCGUUUUUCGAGACCCAGACCCGAUGCAUCUUCAGUUGCAUCCCGACAUCCAAAGUUAUCCCGUUCAAACCCUAAUCCAACUCCCGACAUCGUUCCAAGUGAGAAGAAGACGAAGACGAAGAAGAGAAACUCGGAGUUGAUUGCUGGUUCGGUCACAACUUCCGACAUCGUUCAGGACCCUCCUGUUCCAAGUGAGGAGGAAACGAAGAAGAAGAAGGGAAACUCGGAGUUGUUGGCUAAUUCGGUCACAACAAACCCUAGUCCAACUUCCGACGACGUCGUUCAAGCAGCUCCUGUUCCAAGUGAGGAGGAUGAGAAGACGAAGAAGAAGAAGAGAAACUCGGAGUUGUUUGCUAGUUGGGUUACAACAAACCCUAAUCCAACUGCCGACGCCGUUCAAGAAGCUCCUGUUCCAAGUGAGGAGGAGACGAAGAAGAAGAAGAAGAGAAACUUGGAGUUGUUCGCUGGUUCGGUUACGACAAACCGUUCUCCGUCGCCGAGCGAUGUACCGAUCCCGAUGUUCUUCCUGAGAGAAAGGAUCAAGCUUUCGAAUCCACGAUUCGACGUGAAGAAGGACAAAAGAGCUUACCAACUUUUCAUUUUAUAUUGUUUACUAGUUGUGUUAGUUUCGAGCUGAAGU